UGUUACGCAGUUUUUCACAAUGGACAGCAACCUCACAGCCAACAUGAGGAAAGCCCUUCUUUUUGCAUUAAUUCUCUUUGGCCUCGACUCUGCUUUUGGAGCGACACACUCCCUGCGAUAUGUCUACUCUGGAACUUCGGGAAUCCUGGAUUUCCCCGAGUUUACGAUUGUGGGUCUGGUGGACGAAGAGCAGUUUGUUUACUACGACAGCAACAUCCGCAGGACGAUCCCCCGAGUGGAGUGGGUGAAUAAGGCUGCGGACCCCGAUUACUGGAACAGAAACACUCAGAACUUCAUCGGUGCAGAGCAGGUCUUCAAAAACAACAUCGAAGUGGCGAAGAAGCGCUUCAACCAGACAGGAGGCGGAAUCCACACAGUCCAGCAGAUGUACGGCUGUGAGUGGGACGAUGACACUGGGACCACUGGGGCUCAUCGUCAGUUCGGCUACGACGGGGAGGACUUCAUUACACUGGAUAUGAAGACCAUGAACUGGGUUACUCCAGUGAUACAGGCAUUUCCUACUAAAGAAAAGUGGAACAAUGACAAAGGUUUAACUGAGAUUAACAAGAACUACUUCAAUCAGGAGUGCAUUGAGUGGCUGAAGAAGUAUGUGGGCUAUGGGAAGGAAACACUGCAGAGGAAAGUCCGUCCUGAGGUGUCCCUGCUACAGAAGGACUCCCCCUCCUCUGUGAGCUGCUAUGCCACUGGAUUCUUCCCAAAGAGCAUCGUGAUCAACUGGCAGAAAGAUGGAAAGGAAAUACAUGACGAUGUGGAAACGACAGAGUUGCUGCCCAAUGGGGACGGAAGUUUCCAGAUCAGGAGCAUCCUGAGAGUCUCUCCUGAGGACUUGAAGAACCACCAGUUCUCCUGUGUUGUGGACCAUGUCAGCCUGGAUGAGAAGAUGGUCAAGAAAUGGGCUCCCGGGAGCAACAUGCUGCCCAUCAUCAUCGGCUGUGUGGUGGUCGCUCUCCUUGCGAUCUGCGCUGCAGCUGCGUUCUUUGUGUGGAAGAAAAAGAAUGAAGGAUAUGGGAAGGCAGGCACUUCAGACACUGAUUCCGAGAACUCUGGUCAACAAGCCGCAAAAGCAUAAAAUUCACUCCUUCCUUCAGUCUGACAAUUCCAGAAAUUAAACAGAAGAAGGAAUUGAAGAAAUUACCUGAUGACAUCGGACAUAAGAAGGCACAAUUUGGAUUAAACUCUGUCUGAGGGAAGUUAUUGAAAUAUGUUCAUCAUCAUCUAAAUGUCAUUUUACAUCAUAGAUACAUCAGUUUAUCAGUGGGAACGUCUGUCCAUUUAGCGAACUUUGCAGAAUGCUUUACUGUGAUUUACACUUUUCAUACUGUAUAGGCUGUAGACGGGAUUUCUCUCUUGUGUGAAAUUUAUUUGGCAAAAUAUAAAUAUACCAGUUACUGCUGCGUGUGCCUUUUAUUAUUUGUAAAGUCUGAACAAAGACAUCAUUUAACACACUUCACCAUGUCGACUCAGAAGUGUUACACUGAAUAGUAUAUUUUUCUCAGCUUGUCUGUGACUUCGCUGUAAUUUCACACAAACAGCGUGAACUCAUGUACCAUUUCUGAGACAAAAGUUUGUAAAUCUUUUAAAAAAACUAUUGUCCAGUGUGUACCGCACAGGGCUGAGAGACUCUUUUUUUAAUGACAAUUUUUUGAAUUUCUUCCUUCAGCUUCAACUACUUUAGUUUUUAAUACUAGGGUGUUAUAAUUAGUAAAAUGGUUGUGGGUAAAUUAUUUGUUGAAAAGUUUUGCGCAAACAAGGAUAAUGGAAUUAAAUAUUUUGAUAAUGAUUUACUGAAAAACAUCCACACCAGUUAAUGAGUUGUCUGCUGUAUCAUUGCAUAUCAGUUAUUGUAAUGCAAGUAAUAAAGACCAAAGUAUCAGAAGAGAUUUAAGUGGUUUUGAUUUGUAUGAAUUAGAUUUGUGUUUUAAGUGUUCUAUAAUAAAGUUACUACCAAAAUGAUA